AAGGCGGCGCCCGCGCUCCGUAGCCAGUGGCAGUCGCGCGGCCCGGCAGGCCGCCCUGCAGCCCCGCGGCCGGGAGGAGAAGGAGGUGGAGGAGGAGGCGCGAACUCCGGCCCCGCGCCGCGGCCCCGCGUCCGGCAUGCAGGCGCGGCGUCUGGCCAAGCGCUCCAGCCUGGGCGGCCGCCGCGGGGGCGCCGCGCUGCAGCCGGCCGGGCCCGCGCCCGCGCCCGCCAGGGAAGCCGCGCUGCUGCCCGCGCUCCCGGCCCCGGAGAGCUGGAGGCCGCCGCUGCCCCCUCCGCGCGGCGCAGGCUCCGGCUCCGGCUCCGGCUCCGGCUCCGGCUCCGGCUCCGGCUCGGGCUGCACUCGGGCCGCGGGGGCCGCCGCCGUCUCGUCGCCCGUGCUGCUGCUGCUGGGCGAGGAGGACGAGGACGAGGAGGGCGCGGGCCGGCGGCGCAGGGGGCUCGGGCGCGUGGAGGAGAGGCCCCGAGGGGGCACGGAGGAGGAGGAGGACGACGAGGACGACGAGGACGAGGAGGUGGUCGUCGAGGUUGUGGACGACGACGACGAGGAUGGCGAGGAGCGUCUGGUGGCCCUGGGACCCGGCCGCGCGCUCCCCAAGGGCCCGGCCCGGGGCGCGCUGAAGGUGGGGAGCACUAAGCGGGAAAUGACCUUCACAUUUCAAGCUGAGGACUUAAAGCGCGACUCCAGUAAGAAAACAUCUCAUCAUCAUUUGUUCCCCUUGGCCAUGGAGGAAGAUAUGAAAACAGUAGACACCAAAAAAGCCAAUCGGGUCCUCGACCACGAGAAGGAAAACACUCGUUCCAUCUGUCUCCUUGAGCAGAAACGAAAAGUCGUUUCUUCCAAUAUUGAUGUCCCACCAGCAAGAAAAUCUUCAGAGGAGCUAGACAUGGACAAGGUGACCGCAGCAAUGGUACUAACCAGCUUGUCAACCAGCCCAUUGGUUCGAAGCCCUCCUGUGCGGCCAAAUGAGGGCCUCAGCGGGUCCUGGAAGGAGACGGGGUGCGUGCCGUCAAGUACGAGCAGCAGCGGCUACUGGAGCUGGAGCGCGCCCAGUGACCAGUCCAACCCGUCCACGCCGUCGCCACCGCUGUCGGCUGACAGCUUCAAGCCCUUCCGCAGCCCCGUGCAGCCGGACGAUGGCAUCGACGAGGCGGAGGCCAGCAACCUGCUCUUUGACGAGCCCAUUCCCAGGAAACGGAAGAACUCCAUGAAGGUGAUGUUCAAAUGCCUCUGGAAGAACUGCGGCAAGGUGCUGAGCACCGCGGCAGGCAUCCAGAAACACAUCCGGACCAUCCACCUCGGGCGUGUUGGGGACUCUGACUACAGUGAUGGGGAAGAGGACUUCUACUACACCGAGAUCAAGCUCAACACGGACUCAGUGGCAGAAGGACUGAGCAGCCUGGCUCCAGUUUCACCCUCCCAGUCCCUGGCUUCCCCUCCGACUUUCCCCAUCCCCGAUUCAAGCCGAACAGAAACUCCUUGUGCCAAAACUGACACUAAACUGAUGACGCCGUUGAGCCGCUCAGCCCCCACCACCCUCUACCUCGUGCACACGGACCACGCGUACCAGGCCACACCCCCUGUGACCAUUCCGGGAUCGGCCAAGUUCACUCCCAACGGCAGCAGCUUCAGCAUUUCUUGGCAGUCUCCCCCAGUCACUUUCACAGGCAUUCCAGUGUCACCAACACACCAUCAUCACCCAGCGGGCACAGGGGAGCAGAGACAGCACGCCCACACAGUCCUGUCCUCCCCGCCGAGGGGGGCCAUCAGCCUGAGGAAGCCCCGAGGAGAGGGCAAGAAGUGCCGGAAGGUGUAUGGGAUGGAGAAUCGGGACAUGUGGUGCACCGCUUGCCGCUGGAAGAAGGCCUGCCAGAGGUUUGUCGACUGAGACCAGAGCCCCUGCCUCCUGCUGCACGGGUUGCAAAGAGCUGCUCCUUCCCACCGACCCUUGAGGCCCAGGGAAAGCACUCCAGGAAUCUUGGUGGAAUUCACAGAAAAUCACCACGUUCCACUGCUGUUUCUGAGAAUCCAGACUAAAACAGCUAGAAUGGUUUUCUUCUCCCUUUCAAAAGAAAAGUGAACUUUGUUUGCUGAGUCUAGGUCUAAAUCUGUGGAUUUCUAUAGCAACUGAACCAACCGAGUCCAUUUUUACCUAGAAAGGAGGUACAUUUUGAUAAGCUUUCUGAAUUAUGACAUUUCUGAGAUUUUUUUUUUUUUGACAUUUAAAGAACAUUUAACCUACAGUUAUUCGGUAGCAUUUGUACACAGAAUGGUACCUCCUUUGUGAAUAACUUUUUCCCUGUUUCCUUUGACUUCUUGGAGCACUACAUAUUAUGAUGUGUUGCAGGAAAGAGCAGCACUCUGGGUAUCUUUUCUAUAUCAAUUUUAUUUUGUUUUUAAGACCAGCCCUAAACUGAACCAUGGUAGAGCAGUUAGCUUGGAGGGCCCCAGAUGGUAUAAGCAAUUGGCGAUGGAUAUCACCAGCAGACUUCAGCCCCCAGCUGAGUUGAGGACACCUGCUGUCACUGUUGGGAACUUCUAGCAGUCUUCCUCGGGUCUGUAUGAAGCUCUUCUGUAAGAGGCAGCACAGUGAAUUCCUCACCUGCCACAGCUCAGACAAGAAGCAGCACCUGGAGUCACGUGGGUAAGCCUGCUUCUUUCAGGGAUGCGAUCGGACCGCAGCUCAGAUCUCUUUGGUACCACUUGCCUGUCAAGUUGUAGCCAGGUGAACAAGUCAUCGGUCCUUCCCACCACAUACUACCACCAACCAAUCCCAGGAAAGGUAGAGAACUCCAGACUGUCCCUGAAGGUUUGCUUUACACAACAGAGCACAGCUGACCUGACCCAUCUGUUCCGAAAGUGACAUCAGGUCAAUAGACCAGCUUCCACGCUGAGUGCACUUUCAUAGGUUUUAUGCUUUAGUGUAUCUGGGAGAAGGGUUGAUGUAAAAUAUAAACAUAGAAAAAAGGCCUAAACCUUUAUUUUUCUUGUAAAAAUAUGGGCGCUAUUAAGAAUUUGCUCAGAAAGGAACAUUCAGAGCACCAAAAGGAAAAUGCAUGUUGAUAUAGGAAUCGUUCGGUUCAGUAGGGCCAGGGCAUGCACUGUGUGCUAGUUUUCGGGAUUUCUAACCUGUUGGUUGUACUUGCACACUUGCUUUGGUGGUGGUGGUGGUGUGGGAGUAGGGGUAGCUGUCAAGAGCAGUAAACAAGCCCUGCUCUCAGUCGCCUGUGAAUGACCGACUUCUCCUGUACGUACAGAAGGAAGCAGGAGCACCUUACAGGAGGCACUGUGUGGGGAUGGGGGACAUAGGAUCAGCCAUAGGAAUGUUCAAUGAAAUUGCACAGAGGAGAGCUUAAUAUAUGUUUAGAGAAUGUACAUAGGCUUUUGUAAAAGAGUAGAAAGAAGUCACCUAAUAAAAAGAUACCCUUUUCUAAUAUAAGCAAGAGUACGUAAGGAGGUUCUACAGUGCUGCAUUCAUAAUUUAUGUAUUCAUAUAUUUUGGCAAUUUUAUUUUUUAGACACUCAUGACUUUCUAAAAAUUAUUCCUUGGAAGAGAUCCUGGUCUUUUCCUUCAUUUAUUUUUUUAAAAAGAGAAAAAAUGUUUCAUCCAAAUUCAUAUCAAAGUUACUAAUCAAUGUUAGGCACACCAGGUGUGCUAGAUGUCCUGGUAGUUACAGCUGGGCAUCGGCAUUUCUCACACGCAAUAUCUUUUUCUCAGUGUCCUGUCACUUUGCCCGCAGCACUGCUGCUGGGAGAUGUCUCUGUGCCCCCGUCAGGAGACCCUAAGUGAUGAGCAGCGCUCCCAGGAGCCAUGUGGCGGCCCGGGCCAGUGUACUGCUCCAUGGAGUUCCUCCUGGACCAUACUGACCUGACAGUAGUCGGGCUGCAAGCCUGCACCAGAGGUUUCUCUUCUCAGCCAAACUCCUAGCCGGUGAUUCUUGGAUUAAGUCACAAAAGUGAUGGAAGGCGAGGUCCGCUCUGGAGCGAGGUUCGGCAGCAGUCAUGUCCAGAGCUGCAGCCCAGGAGCAGUUCUGAGCUGAGGCCUCGCUGAGCCCAGCUCCACCCUCACCCCUGGUUUCCAGUCCUUCCCAGGUGUAAGCAGCAACUGCAGUGCUGCAGGCGGCUUCCCUGGGAACUUUUUUCUUAAGGACUUCUGCAUACCAAUUCUUCACCUCCCAACUAGUGGGUGCUCUGUUUGCUGACCAGCCCGGGCUGGGUACUUUUUUUACUGGCUGCCAGUUGUGGACAGACCCUCUGCACCUUCCUCGACCUGCAGCCACCAUGCCAUUCCCGACUGGCCUUGAAGAAAGGAGUUAUACUUUUUAUGGGCCACAUUGUGAGCUCUGAACUGCAAUACACAGCUACUGGUUGUACAAGUUAAGUUUUUUAAAGUAGUGUUUUUUUCUUUUUCCGGAACCAAAUGAAGUGCCAAAUUAAGCCAGACUUUCGCUUUCUGCCAUCUCUGUGGCACCAAGUACUUUUAACGUCUGCACUUGGCCAGUAGGUGAGAAGGGAAACGGUCCCAGAACGAGCUGGCUGCUAACCUGGAGCCUCAUGCGUCCUGGAGUGCUCGGAGGCCUGUCUUCAAAGCAGUGGCACCACAAUGGCGUCUGGCCCAGUGAAAAUAUUUGAGGUUUGUUUUGGCCCUUGAUGCCCCUGCUUUCAAAAGAGCUUCUUAUUUCUCCCCUGAGAAAGGUGCUGUACAGGCCACACCCCAGCCAGUUGCAAAGCGAAGCCUGUGCAGCAGUUUCAAGUCUUCGUCUCUCCCGAGUCUGGAUCACAGCAUGUGGGAGAUAGGAGAGAGCCCAGGCAACAUCAGGUGUUGAUGGUCAGGGAGGAGAUACCAGGGGCCUGUGGUCACCUGGCUCCUGUUCAUCAUGGAGCCAGCAGUGACUGUCCCUGCACAGCUGCCAGGCUUGUCUCCAUACGCUUGCUAUCAAGUUUUCUCCCUUGGUUGGCAAAAGCCAGUGGCAAAAGGAGAAGAGUGGUGGGUUUUUUUUUGAGACAGGCUCUCGAUAUGCAGUUCUGGCUGGCCUCGAAAUCAAGGCAAUCCUCCUGGCUCAGCCUCCCAAGUGCUGGGGUUAUAGGCAUGUGCUACCACACCCAGCAGAGUGGUGGACUUCUGACAAAGAAUGUGCAUCCUCAGCUACAAAGCUUCUGUUAGCAGGUCUAUGUGCAAACAACGUGCCCUUUGUCAGAGAGCUGCUGCCUGGUCAUAAGCGUGCUGCCGAUCAGAAUUUUCAGUCGAGAAUGACACUUGGACUUUUCAGAGACAGUCACGUGUAUGGUGCAGAAAACAAACCUGAAAUGUGCUCCAUUCAAUGUCGAGACCAUCUGAGCUGCAGUCAGCUCUACCUGAUGACAACGUGCCAUGCCACCCUUUGCACACAGCCCUGAGUCACGCGUCAGCCAGUGCUGCUGAAAUCCACGGCCCCUUCAGCAGACUGUCGGGAGACCAAGUGCGGCAGUGAGAAGGCUCAGAGAAGAGUGGCCAGCACUGUACAUACGAAAGCAUACCUUGAGAAUAGUAGCAAAAUACUGUAAAUAUCAUUUCCUCAGGGAAACACAGAGGCUAUGUGAAACUAGGUCUAGAGAAUCCGAAGUCUAGGAAGAAUUUUUAUUCUCUAAAGUCUUUUCUAGUCAACCGCUUUUUUCAUGUGAAAACAGUACCAUUUCAAAACACGUUUCCGUGAAGUGGACAGUACCGCCUUGGGGAGCCGGGGGUGGGCUACGUCCCGCGGAAGGGCUGUCCCUCGUAGCCACCCGAGCCCGAAGGCUGACAUCUGAACCCCGGGCCAGUGCCUGGAGGUGUUCAUAGACUCCGUAAGGCUGUUUCUGAAUGUAAUUGUGAAUACAAAGCCUUGCGUUCCCUUUUAUAAUCACCCAAUUUGGGUGGCUGUUUCUUAGCUAUAAGCAGAAUUCCAUAGGUGAAAGCAAGCCUUGAAAGAUGUGCAUUUUGCUUUACGAGCAUGUUACGGAGCAAAGUGCCGUGGACUUCUGUGGACAAGGUGCUGCUCUUUCGCACAACCUGUAGGGUUUCCAUCGACCGCAUCAGCUGUAGCACUGACCUGUGUGAACACAGGGAGUUUGUGCAGACAAGUGAUAGAAACAGCAGGAUAAGGAUGAGAAUGCAGAUCGUUUUGGAGAGAGUGCUGGGCACACGGUCAACUGGAAAUUUCAUUUCUCUAGGAAAAGAACCCUACCAGCGGCACACGGACGCCCCCAUUCCUCUACCUGUGGGGAUUCCUCCAUACUGGACCUGUUUCCUUCUGUCCUUUGUGCAUUGUAAUUCACCAAACCCAGAGUCGGUAAAUAAAAUGAGAUUCGCACUUUUAGGUAUCAGUCAUGUUGUCUAGUAAUGCACAUCAGUAGAGAAGAAGGUAUAAAAUGUAUUUAAGACCAAGUGGUUUGCUUAUGAUGGCUGACUUUUUUUAAAAAGCCUAUAUCCAAUGAUAUACAUGCUUUAAAAGGUGUAUCUAUCAUAGGACCAAGAAUCAAAAUGAGAAUUUUUACCUCUGGUCCUAUUUUGUAAAUAGUUCCUUUGGGUUUUUUUUUGGAAGACAAUCUCAUGUUUUAUAACUUUGGUUGUGUAGGUCUGAAAAUCACAAUGGUAACGUGUUGUGGCAAAAUGUAAUCUUAAAUACAAGAAUUUGCCAAAUGAAACAAAUAUACUGUUUAGGCUUCUGUACUUCUAAGGGACAUGACACUUUUAUAAUAAGCGUUAGUACUCAACUUCUCAAAUUAGCAGAACUGGAAAUAUUUUACAAGAUGCAGUGUUUUAUAAUCACAAAGAACACGCACAUUUUGUGGGAAAUGACCUUGGUUUUAUACAUUGUAGCUUAUUUUUUAAAAUACAGUGUUUUACCAGACAGGAAGUGUUAGUGUUAUACACAAUUCCUGCUCACCAACAAAGGGCUAUGCCUCUUUUAAGCAAGUGUUUUGAUGCAUAUCUUUUCAGUGAACCCUCUGCAGGGGGGAAAGACAGAUCCAACGGAAUGGUUAUUUACAAGAGAAUCAGGAAAGCAGCCGCCACACCUGUAUCAUCACCAGUAUGUUUUCAAUGCACAUUUGAAAAAUUCACUAUAUGUAUUUUAAAUCUAAAGGCAAAUUUUGAGCAGAAAUGCUUAUAGGCCAUGGGAGAAAUAUUCCUGUAAAUUCCUUAGUGUAAAAUGAUACACAUUCUGUAAAAGUUUUCCACUCAACCUAUCAGAACCACAACCCUACAUUUAACUAGUAUAUAACACUAUGUCAAAUUUUCCAAACUCAUAAUAUGUACAUCCAAAGACAGAAUUAGGAGAUCAGUAGUGUUUAAAGGAGUUUGUCCUCAGCACUAACAAAGGAACUUUAACUUUUUCAUUGGAACAAGCACUUGAUUUCCUUCACUGUGAAGAACUCGCAGUCUCCCAAGAUCAUGAGCAGAAAGUAUUUCCACGAGUUGAGGGCCGAGGAGAGGAGCUGAGUGUUUAGUCACUGCACAAAUAAUUCUGAGCUUUGCCAAAACCAUUUCAUCAUACUGUACCGUUUUUUCAAGCCCUCUCACUGUUGUAACAAGAAAGUAUCUUUUCAAGAUUCCAGUGAUUCUAGUCUCAUUAGCCAAGAAUACAGAGGCCAUCAGAAAGAAAGCUGAGAUAUAAGAGCUGUCUGCCCACUGGGCGAGUCCUGGUCAGAAGGCCACCUGGACUUGGUUUCAAAUAGGCCUUAGAACCUGCACACAUGAGGCUGGGAAAAGCAGAAGCUGGAGAAAAGCUCGUGUGGCCAUGGCCUCCGGUCUCUGAAUGAGGCGAACGUCCUGCAUCUUUGCCUUGCAGUAGCUCCAUUGUUAGAAGCUGGUUCCCAAGUGUUCAUUGCUAUGCAGUUUUCAACCCAGUGAGCCCACUUCAUCUUUAAAUAGAAGCUUCCCAGUGGUGCAGAGCAGGGGCUGCAGAUUUGGAUGCCUUAGAAGGCGAGGUGAGUCUGUAAAUGAUCCAUGUACAUCAGGCCAAAGAAGGACCCUAGAGAAUGGGGGAGACCUGUUGCACCCCAGGGCACACAUCUCUGGGGAAGGAGACCCAGGGCUGCUGGAUCUUCUCACUUGGAAACACUGAGUAUUCCCUGACACUGAGUGUCGACAACCAACCACACACUUGGCCGACACUGCAGACCCAAGAGAAACUGUCCGUGGGCAGAAGCAGCCUGCGGCAUGGGCUCAGCUGUUGAAAGCUUUCCCCUCGCCUGCUACUGUCCUGUUCCUCCCUCAGCCCCUCACACUCACGUGGUGAUACUAUCUGGAGGAUUAAAACGGAGGAAGUGGUCACUUCAAUGCAGAAGUUAUUCCCAGACAGUAUCUGAAGGAAAUCAUAGCUUUCCCAGCCUUGCCUCUGACCCGCACGCACCGAGUCACGGGCCAGCUCGAGCGAGAGCCGCCCGCCGCACCUGCCGGGCGCUGCCCAGAGCGCUGAGCAACUGCGGCCCUAGUUCUCGGCUGUUUCACGGCCGUGACCACUGUGACAAGGGGCUGGCAAGGAGAUGGCAGCCAGGACCCCUGAAGUUUAAGGUGGCACAUGAUGCCGCCUGUGCCAAAGCCUUCUGCCACCUCCACACUCCUGCGGGAACCAGCCUGCCUCAGCAGUCUCACUCCAGUGUAUGCGACUGUCACGUCACCUCCCUGCUGGCAGGCACUUAGCUGUUUGCAGUGUCCACUGCCUGAGUGGACACAGGAAAUCAUAGUACCUUUGUCUGGGGGCAAAAGCAAAGUGAGAAUAAAUGUCAGAAUGUGCAGAAGUUGCUUUUUUCAAAGGCACUAUUUUAAACCAUCUUACACUGGAGUCCUGAUGACAUUAGGUAACCACCUAAGACAAAGUAUUUCUCUUUUGAGAUAUGUUAUUUCAUGAAGAGCCCAGUGUAGAGAAGGAACACUGAGGAUCACAGUUACCACGGCCUCCAGGGCCACUCCGUAGUACCUCAGAGGCAGCCUCCAUACUGCCCACAGCGGGAAGGGAGGAGGCCGGCCGCAGGGAUAGGGAACGGGCCGCUCAGACUGCAGACCCGCAGGAUGACUAGACCCAAGAAGACCAAGCCCGCCCACCCACUCAUGCUGCUGGGUGCAAACUCGGUUACCCCACACUACAGCUGCCGUGCCCCAGCUCACAGCCAAAUAUGCAGUUAAUUGCGGGAGUCCAUUCACUAAAGCAAUAUUCUGAGUAAAAGUUUUGACUCCCUGGGAAAAUUUUAUUUUGCUAUAAGCAUCCCAACAUUUUCUAGCUAUAUAAACUUCAGUUGAUGCCAGAAAAUAUAACCAGCUUAUAAGUUGUAGAGAUCAAAGUUGAAAAUGCCUGGUGUUAGUCAUGUUUAAAUUUUAAUGCAACGUAAACAGUGACAAAUGCCUGAGAUUUCUUUCAAUGUGAAUGACUAAAAUGCUGUUUGAUACAUGAAUAAAUGACUUCUCUCCCUAGUUUACCAGGCAUAAUAUCCUGAAUUUACAGUAAAAUCACCCAUACCGAAUCUGUCAGAGUUAGAAGGUGCCUCAAAAAGCCAUUUGAGCACGUCACGACUUCAUCGAGGUACUCUUUGCUGAACGAUUCUUUUACUAUGUGAACUUGUGCAGUGCUGAGGAGGAAGUGGCUUAGUCUGUGUGUAACGGUUGUCACCAACACCAUGACAGGGACAUAGAGCCAAAUGCCAGGGAACAAGGAGGAAGCUAUGGCUGUCAAACCACAUAGCUAUAGAUUUCCAAGGGAGGCACAGAGGAUGAUUCUAUUACAGUCCUUGCCUUUUUAAAUAGUGUUCAUGUUUGGCACCAUCCGUGUAAUUAACUACCAACUUUCAGAGAGAAGAUGUCCUCUGUUUAUAGUACAAAAAUGCUAAAAAUUAAUUUCUGGGUUUGCCACAUCUUCUUACCAAAGUCUGUUCUCUGAAUUCUUAAUUCAAAAAUUAGUCACAGUAGAAAAUGGCAACUCCUGGGCCAGGGAUUUAGGUCAGUGGCAUAAGCGCCUGCCUAGCAAGUGUGAGGUCCUGAGUUCAAUCCUCAGUACAAAAAAAAAAAAAAAAAAUGGCGACUCCUGAGAAAGGCAAGGAAGCCGAUUUCCUCUGGGACAAACAACUAGGUGCUCACCCAUUUGCUCCUGAAUUGUCUCUGUAUCCCUGACUGAUGAGGAAAAUCAGCACUCAAGAAGAAACAGCUUUGAGAGUGAGGAGAGAUCAUCCCAUUGUGGCCAUCAGCCUUGUGUUCCACCAUUUUGGCAACUAUCUGUUCCUCCCCCUUUGUGGCCUCCUCUCCCCAAGCCAGUAGCCAGACCACGUUUUCCCUCCACUUCCAAAGCCAUGGAUGGGAAUUUUUGUGCUACUGAUUGCUCUCCCUUAAAGUAAGGCCCAGAGUGCUCCAUGGACCUGGAGAGAUACGCUGGGCCUACACAGUAUGCCUGCCCACAUUCUGCAGAUGAAACAUUUCCAUGCGUCUACACAGGCUGGGUGAUUUAAGGACAGGUACUCAUUUGGCUCACAACCUGCCAUACUCACCAUGAGAAACUUGCUCAGACUCAUGGGUAGUGAGCUACAAGGUACACACCUGCAGGCCCUCCCACAUACCUACCAGACAAUCAGAGUGAGCAGGACCCAUGACCCGAUCUGGGAUCCACACCAGGCAAGCAUUUCAUUAUGUUGGGCUCUGACCUCUGUCCGCAGUUACAGAGCACAGAAAGGGAACUGGCCUAUGUGUGGGGAAAGUAGCCCCUGCAGGGUAGAAUGGUUUUAAUGUUACACUUACAAAAAGAGGAAGUGACUACAGUCUGCUCAUGUCAUUGAGCCCUCACCCGUCGCCAUAGCAAACACCUUCCUAUGCUCGGGCACAGAUCGCGGAGACAGGAAGGGGAGAAGUGGAGCUCGUGGGCCUGUGGCUGCCAGAGUCCAGAGUCUGAAUUACCCUCAGGGAUCGACAGUGGAGCUUCACACUGAACAGCCACCCCCAAAGUGAGGAAGCGACACAUAAAUUACAAACCCUUGUUUUACCUUUUUUCCCCUGUACUCACUGGAAAUCAACGGCUAUGCCUUGACCAAGCCCUGUGAUGAUGGCAAAGCCUGUCUCCCCCCAGCAUCCCGACGGGAAACUCCUUGAACACUGGUAGAAAGCUUUAGAAUACUUAGGUUUUGUAAGAAAAAUCUCAACAACCCCAGAAUAUAUUAGUUUCAUGACAUCAGUAACUGAAAAUGCCCUGAGUGUAAACUCGGGAAUGUGGAGCAUAGAUAUAAAAUACAUAUAUGCAUCAUUGACCCAUAUUUUCCUACAAGACACCCUAAAACUCCUAUUUUUGUACAUAAUGGUUGGACAGUGGUCAGCCACUUGAACAAAUGUUCUCUGGAAUAACCAGACCCUAGUAUAGUUUCCAAAGUGUUUCAUAGAACAAAAUCCUAUAUACUUAGAACAACUCAGGAUAAGGAAAAAAAAUUGCUAGGUCCCAAAGGGUUCAAGACUAUCAUCAAAUACCACUUCCACAUGGCCUGUGGCCGUUUCUUUCAAGCAAGGGGGCUGGGGGGUGGGGAGAGAGAACACCAGGAAUCAUGAAACUUCUGUUGCCCUUUAAGGUUUAAGAAAACUUUUUAAAUGUUAAGCCAUCUUUCAAGUUGUUUUCUACACCAAAUCUACAAUAUUGAAAAGAAAUUACUGAAUAUUUAAAGAUGAUUAUAGUUAGUAGAAAUGGUAUCAGUAGGAAAAAGUGUUGCUUUAUUAGCGCCUGCGAAACAAAUAGCAAACACCGCAAAGGCAGACCAAGAGCAAGCUGUCCUUCCCACAGGACAGUGUGUUGAAGGGACAGGCCAUAGCAUGCAUGGGCACUAAUCCAAAAGUGAUGUGGCAGUGCUAUCCUGUGUUUAGAGAUUUUUGAAGUACAGUCCUGCCCCGAUUCAGGGGGCAAGGACUUGCUUACGAAGUAAGCAAGUAAUAUUUUAAUAUUAGUGAAUGAAUGUAUAAAAUGAUAAACUAUGCAUUUUCAAAGAGUAACAUAUUUUGUAUGGAAUCCAAGUAAAUUUUUUUCAUAGAGACUUACCACAACUGCAAAUUAUUCCAACUAAACUUGAAUGCAUAUCCUUUUGGGGAUGUGGGAUGCCACUGUGUCCUUCUGCUUGUGUUUAAAAAGACAGUGCGUUGAAACUUCCCUCUAAAACUCUGGGCUCUAAACAACUCAGCCAUUGAAUGAACAAAUGGGAAAUGGUUUGUAUUUUACUUCUUAAGCAUAAAUGGGGAAUGCUGCCUCUUACAAAUAUGCCCAGUUCCUCAGAGGCAGAUAUUCCAAUAACAGCGGAUUAACUGCAGCGUUAAGGAGCACUGCAUUGGAGAGAUACAGCAUAGAUUUUGUCGCUUGGGUUUAUUUCUCAAUCCAAGAAAAAAAGUUCAUAAAGUUUGGAUUAUAUGAUUUUUAAAGUCAAAAUAUUAUCUGAAAAAGCAAAUCAUAUUUUUUCAAGAUUACAUGAAAAUACUUGUGAUUUGAAAAUUUAUAUAAAAGACACAUUUCUCUGCUGAUUUUGUAUUUCCAUGAAACCUUUUUCCCUAAUAAGUUUCUUGCUCUUUAGUCAGUGCUUUACUGUAUUACUCAGCACUUACGUUCCUUCUUCAUCUGACAACACAGAAAUAAAUCCAUAUCUCUGCCAUUCUGGUUCUCUUCUGUAGAGAAACUUCUUCAACUGUCUGUAAAAUACGGAAAACACACUUCUAAACCUGGUACUUAGGAUCACACUUAAGGUAUGUUUGCUACCUAAUUAGAAGUUAGCUUGGGAGGGGCAAUCUGUCUUUUUAUAUGAUUUUUAGCCAAAUUCAGACGUUCUGAUACUCCGUUUCGGAAUCCUUUUCUGACUGUAAAUACAGCCUGUGGAGGUUCAGGUUAAUCAACCUCUUCGUGACUGUUCCACAACCUUGCUCCUGGCCAGCUUUUGGCACUUUGUACAUAGAUUUGUCGAAUGUUUAAAUGAUGUUGUUUUUCUAAAUGCUGUUCUCUAAGACAAUUUUUUGAAUGUUUUUUGCUUUCCAUUGUUUUGGACUCUGUGUGUUAGUUUUACAAAAUGUUUCCUAAAUAUUUAACACCAGGAAAAAAAAUAUUUUAAACUGGUGCUAAUUGGAACAAAAGGAAAUUUGCAGCUCUGAAGAUUUACCAGAGAAAACAUUCACACCAGUGAAACUGCACUUUCCUGAGGGGACGGCCAGUAUUGACUUGAAAGGGGCAUCGGGAAGAUCACCGAAUGUUUACAGGGUCUGUGGCCCGUUUGAGGGUAAAACACAGAGAGGCUCUGUCCCUCGCCCCAAGUUGAGGCAUUGCUGCAUCGGUCCUCUGGAAGCAUUUAGGUAGAAGGAAAGGCUUGUAGUAAGAAUCACUUUAGUACUAGUCUUCUGGUCUCUGGACUUUCAUGUUCUGUAAUGCUUAGCUGUAACAAUGACUAUGGUGUUGCCAAUCUAGUCUGACGUCAUCGUUGACCUGUACUGACUUUGUGUCUGGUUCUACCUUGGAUUGUACUGGCACAAACCAAGCCGGGACACUGGACUUUCAAUAAGACCAUUCUGACUUCUGCGCUGUCCACAACAUGAAUUUAAAUGCACUUGUAACUGAUUAAUUACCAUGAAGUAAGUCUAACUUCCAUAAUAAAAGUUUUUGUGUAUCUGCUA